AUGACCGUUAACAUGUACGCAAGUUUACUAUUAGCUCAAUUGCAUAUAUUUAAUACACAUCCAUUCUUUCAAUCGUCAUACAAAGGAAUAGAUCAUGAGCAAAUAUUUGACUUAACACCAGUUGUUCAUUUACAACAAUGGCCAAAUUGUUGUAUGAAUGUUUUGACUAGUAUAGAUCGCCGUUAUGGGAAAAAAAAUUGUGAUGCUAUUGAACAAAUUGGUUGCGAUCUUGUACCAAAAUGGUCAAGAAAUGGUACACAGGAUAUUGAUGGACGUCUCGAUUUUCGUUAUUCAUUUUCACGUGUUGAAGCCGUACUAAUAAAUGUACGCAAUGAAGCAGAAAUAGCAUUUAUGGGCUUCAUUAAAUGUUUGUACUAUCGUUAUAUAGCUGAUAGUAUGAUGUGCGAUUCAUAUAUAUUUAAAACACUAUUAAACUGGUUUAUGGAAUUGACACCGUCAUUUAAGAAAACAGAAAAUUUUUAUGACGAUUGUUUAGAUACAAUCAACGGAAAUUUAGAACAGUUUCUUUUGUAUGCCAUAAAAUCAUUUGAACAAAAAUGUUGUGAUCAUUAUUGGCUAAGAAAUCUAAAUGUCAAUUUAUUAGAAACAAUCUCAGAUGAUGCACAACAAUAUUGUUUAAAUAUAUUAAAACAAAUUAAAGCUAAUAAAUGGAAAUAUAUACUUAAUUGUACUACAACUGUAUUUUCAGAUUGGAUAAAAUAUAGUCAAAAUGCACUGUAUAUAAAUCAUAUGAAUUUAUUUGAUAUAUUUAUUUAUCAGUUUGGUCAUGAUGAUUAUUUACAACGAUAUGAUCAAAAGUACGAAUAUUUCAAUGUUACAUGUAGUCUAUUUUGUCAUUUAACAACCAUUGGUAAUGACUAUAUAAACUGGAACAGAUUUAACGAAUUAUUAAAUAUUCCAGUUUGUAGUGAUUUCAAUUAUUAUCUAAAUGGACAUUUUAAAUUUGACUAUUUUAGAUAUAAUUCAUUGAAACUAACUGCCAUACCAAACUCAACUAUUGCAUGUUUAAAAAAAAUUAUUGGCUAUUUGAUAACAGAAUGGUUAUGUCAAGCCAAUGCAUUUUUAUAUUAUUUUCUUACCAAUUCAGAAGUUAAACUUAAAAUGAGAGAACAACAACUUUCAAAUGAAAAAAAACAAUAA